ACCAAGCCAAUGUGCCAACACUCAUGCUCAAAAAAAAAAAAAUGUGCCAACACUCCAACACCCUGCUGCACUUCCUCCGCCACGUCUCCUUCCCGCCGGAUGCGCACCUCCUGCCGUCCGCGCUCAAGUCAUGCCACGCGCAGCCCCUCGCCCGCGCGCUCCACGCGGCCGCCGCGGUCUCCGGCCUUGCGGAGGAUCCCUUCGUCGCCUCCUCGCUCCUCCACACCUACAUCCGCCUCGGAGCCACCAGCGCUGCCCGCGUUGUGUUCGAAAGAAUGCCGGACAAGAGUGUCGUGGGCUGGAGCGCACUCAUCGCCGGUUACUCUGCACGAGGUGACGCCGAGGUCGCGUGGGGCCUUCUGGAGCGGAUGCGAAGCGCUGGGGUCGAGCCAAAUGUGAUCACCUGGAAUGGACUGGUUUCCGGGCUGAACCGGAGCGGCAGCGCCCUCGACGCUGUCAAGGCACUUGUGAGGAUGCACGGGGAAGGGUUCUUGCCAGACGCCACCGGUGUCUCGUGUGCACUCUCUGCGGUCGGGGAUGUGAAAGAGGUCUCGGUUGGCGAGCAGCUGCAUGGAUAUGUGGUGAAGGCAGGGUGCAGGCUAGAUCAACAUGUGGUCACUGCGCUCAUUGACAUGUACGGCAAGUGUGGGCGUGCUGAUGAGAUUUCUCACGUGUUCUAUGAGUCCAGCCACAUGGAUGUUGCUUCCUGCAACGCUCUCGUCGCUGGGCUCUCUCGGAACGCCCAGGUCUCUGAGGCAUUGUUGUUGUUCAGCGAGUUUGUUAGCCGAGGAGUCGAGUUGAAUGUUGUGUCCUGGACCUCGAUUGUUGCCUGCUGUGUGCAGAAUGGGAAAGAUUUGGAAGCGGUUGAUCUUUUCAGGAAGAUGCAGUCAAAAGGGAUCGAGCCGAAUUCAGUCACGAUACCCUGCGUACUGCCAGCAUUUGCCAAUGUUGCUGCUCUUAUGCAUGGCCGGUCAGCACACUGUUUUUCUCUUAGGAAAGGAUUUCUUCAUGACGUUUACGUUGGCAGUGCGUUGGUGGACAUGUAUGCAAAGUGUGGCAAGGUCAGGUAUGCGAGGACGAUCUUCGAUGCAAUUCCGUCUAAAAAUACGGUUUCGUGGAAUGCGAUUAUUGGUGGCUAUGCAAUGCAUGGGGAGGCUGCAAAUGCUGUGCAGUUGUUCUGUUUGAUGCAGAAGUGCAAACAGAAGCCCGACCUAGUCACAUUUACCUGUGUCAUUAGUGCCUGUGGCCAAGCUGGCCUGACAGAGGAGGGGCGUCACUACUUCAAUGAAAUGCAGCAUAGUCAUGGCAUUUCCCCUAGGAUGGAGCAUUAUGCAUGUAUGGUUACUCUGUUAGGACGGGCUGGCAAGCUUGAUGAGGCAUACGAUCUCAUAAAUGAGAUGCCAUUUGAGCCAGAUGGUUGUAUUUGGGGGUCCUUGCUGGGCUCUUGCAGGGUUUAUGGAAAUGUUUUCCUAGCCGAAGUCGCAGCAGAAAAGCUAUUUGAACUAGAGCCAGAAAAUACCGGCAACUAUGUCCUGCUUUCCAACAUUUAUGCGUCUAAAAAAAUGUGGGACGGGGUAAACAGAGUGAGGGAUCAGAUGAAGAAUAUGGGAUUGAAGAAAGAAAAGGGUUGCAGUUGGAUAGAGAUCAAGAACAAGGUGCACAUGUUGUCAGCUGGUGACAGUUCACACCCCAUGAUGACUGCAAUAACGGAGAAACUAAAGCAGCUUACCAUUGAGAUGAGCAGGCUGGGCUUUGCACCGAGCACAGAUUUUGUCCUGCAUGAUGUGGAAGAACAAGAAAAGGACGAUAUCCUUGCUGUGCACAGUGAAAAGCUGGCUGUUGCAUUGGGCCUCAUAAGCACGAGCCCAGGAACACCCCUCCGGGUGAUAAAGAACCUCCGGAUUUGUGGCGAUUGCCACGAAGCAAUGAAGUUCAUAUCAUGUUUUGAGGGGAGGGAGAUAUCUGUUAGAGACACUAACAGGUUUCAUCACUUCAAGGAUGGGAAAUGUUCUUGUGGGGAUUACUGGUGAUUUUUCCUGCCCUGACUUACUGUCUGUACAACAACUUGGUGUAGGAAGGUGAAUGAGCAUGCAUGUCCCCCUACAUUAUGGUGGAUAUUGUUUUCAUGAGGUAAUGUAAAAUCAUUAUAUCCAAAGUAAGAAACAGAAUCCAACAUGCGGACCUGUGCAUUAUAUGCAGAAUCAAAGAAAAAGUUCACUCCUGUGCUAUGUGAUGUCUCCAGUUGCAAUUUCAGUUUUCUUAAUACCAUGUUGCUACUAUUUUCGUCAGUCUCAGUUUUAUUACCUAAUCAUUCUGAUCUACAACACACCAUUAUCUGCUGUUUUCCAAAGGAGAACUUUAUUUCAACUCUACACGCCACCAUGGGCUUCACCUUGAGUUAGUUGUUUUACCUAGAGACUGAUUGGUAUCCAAGCAAGGUCUAAUUUCCUAGUCAAGUUCUUAGUUAUAUAUGGAGUUUGUUUUUGUAUAACCCUAUGAAUUUUGUAGUCGUUCAGCCUGCAGAUUUCAGAAAUACAUUUGGUGGAGUACUUCCAUUGGAGAGACUCAGUUGGAACUUGGAGUUAAUAUUAAUUUUGUAAAUAGUUGAAAUGAUUAAAUUCAUGGAAGUGAGACACAUCAGCUUUCGGAGUUGCAUCAAAUAGAAAAAAGGUAUCUUUACAUGCUUCUGUUUACACGUGACACUUGCUGAAUGAACUUAACAUUCCUUGUUUUAAGUUAAUAGCAUCAUCCGUUGUCUGUUUUCAUAUUUUUAAUAUGACAUGGUAUUCACCAAAUGAAUGAUCCAGUUUCCAGUUUUUUGUGCCUAGAUUCUUCUAGUCGUUUGCACACACCCAGUUAGUGCCGCUAUGGGCAUGCCAUUCUCUUGUGCAGACAUGACCCAAAAAACCUUGCAGUAGGAUACCAUCUGUUUUGGAUUCUUUAUUAUCUCCGAGGGAUUUUUAGACAGUGACAACUUCUUCAGCAUAUCUUAUCCUUCAUUUCUUCAUUCAGCUUUUAUGGUUUGUAUCUCUCUCCACAUUUUUUAACUAGCUCAUGCUUGCCAGAUUCUAUUGAUAUUCUCAUUUUUUAGCUUCUAUCACAUAUUUUUUCAGAAAUUGUGGCGGGGGCUUUCAUGAUUUUGUUGGAUCAUUCUACUAUAGUAGGGUUCUUAAGUGGGAUAAGAUAAUCACAUUCACUACUGUUGACACAUAGAUAUAUACUUUAAGGAUUAUACUGAUCAAACAGCUUGUUUGUUUCUUCACCAAUGCCAUCAAUCCAAGCAGGAAAUUUAAGCUUGACUUUGGAGAAGCAUUCAAUAUUAUCGA